AUGGCGGACGCGAACAAUGCCGAAUCGAUCCAGUCCAAGAUACAGAUAGCCAGGAGGGACGCCGAGGCGCUGAAGGACCGCAUCAAGCGUAAGAAGGAUGAGCUCGCAGAUACCACACUCCGUGAUGUUGCGCGACAACGCACAGAACAGCUGCCCAGGUUAGCCAUGAAGACUAAGCGGACAUUGAAAGGUCACUUGGCGAAGAUCUACGCGAUGCACUGGUCCACCGAUCGAAGACAUCUGGUUUCGGCUUCACAAGACGGCAAGCUGAUCAUCUGGGACGCCUACACCACCAACAAAGUCCACGCCAUCCCUCUCCGAUCAUCCUGGGUCAUGACUUGCGCCUACUCCCCGAGCGGCAACUAUGUCGCAUGCGGAGGUCUGGACAACAUCUGCUCCAUCUACAACCUUUCGGCGCGAGAAGGACCAACCCGAGUCGCCCGUGAGCUUAGUGGACACUCCGGAUACCUCAGUUGCUGCCGUUUCAUUAACGAUAGGCGUAUAUUGACAUCUUCCGGAGACAUGACCUGUGUGCUAUGGGACAUUGAGACUGGCCAGAAGAUUACCGAAUUCGCGGACCAUCUCGGAGACGUCAUGAGCCUGAGCAUAAACCCAUUGGAUAACAACCAAUUUGUUUCUGGCGCUUGUGACGCUUUUGCGAAGCUUUGGGACAUACGGCAGCAGAAGUGCGUGCAGACGUUCGCGGCGCACGACUCUGACAUCAAUGCCAUCCAAUUCUUUCCGAACGGAAACGCUUUCGGCACAGGCUCAGAUGACGCCUCAUGCAGACUGUUUGACAUCCGCGCAGAUCGUGAGCUCCAGGCAUAUACGGUACGAGAUAUCCUGCAAACAUUUAGCCCAUCUCCGCGUGCUAACGAGAACCAGAUUGGCGAGCCAGUUUGCGGCAUCACCUCUGUCGCUUUCUCCGUAUCAGGGCGCCUGCUCUUCGCUGGAUACGACGAUUUCGAGUGCAAGGUGUGGGACGUUCUACGGGGCGAGCGGGUUGGCACUCUGCAAGGGCACGACAACCGUGUCAGCUGUCUUGGUGUCAGCAACGACGCGAUGUCGCUCUGCACGGGUUCCUGGGAUUCAAUGGUGGCUUCGCAUCUGGGCAUGAUCGACAAGCUCAGAGACAUUGUGCAGACAGACGAGAAGUAG